GAAAAACCAUAAGGGGUCAGAAUGGAUCAGCAGUAACAUCUGACCUAAUCUGAAACAGAAAGAGAGAAGUUCGACUUCUUAUUUUUGCUUUUCCUUUGAAGUGCAGUUCAAAGCAAAAUCUGGAAGUGUCUGCUGUCUGGGAUAUUCAGCAAUGGACUACGACUACAACAGCACAGAUGAAGAUGAGGACAGCCUCCCAUUUGCUUGUCAAUUUUUGGACUUUUCAACCAUUACUGGAGCCGUGUUCAUCAUAAUCUUCAUCGUCGGCGUCAUCGGCAAUGUCCUCCUCUUACGUAUUCUGUUUACUUUUGAAAAACUCUAUCUUGUCACAAAAAUCUUCAUCAUAAACCUCGCUUGUUCUGAUUUGAUCUUUGCUGCCUCAGUCCCCUUCUGGGCUGUCUACCACCUUCAUCAUUGGAUCUUUGGGGAUUUUAUGUGCAAAUUCAUCAUUUGGGUGCACUUCACUGGUCUGUACAGCAGCAUCUUUGUGCUAACAGCAAUGACUGUGGAUCGUUUUUGUACUGUGGUGCUGAACAACUGGCCAAACAACAAUCAGAAGAAGAAACAGUAUGCCAUCGGUGCCUGUGUGGUUGUCUGGGUGAUCAGUAUUGGUACAUCUGUGUAUGAUGCUUUCAAAAUGGAGCUUUCUGAUGAUUACUACUGUGAAGUUGCUUUUUCUGAUGAACUUGGAUAUUAUUUCCAAGUUUCUCUGCUUUUUUUCGUCCCAAUUGCCAUUAUUAUUUUCUGCAAUUGUGCCAUUAUAUAUGCUAUUUUACAGACAGCAAGCAGAACAAGGCACAAAGCUCUAAGUAUAGUUUUUUGCAUUGUUGCAGUCUACAUCAUCUGCUGGGGACCCUACAAUAUUGUACUUCUCAUUAAGGAUUUGUACACACCCAAAGACUGUGAAGAACUGCAGCGGUUAGAUAUUGUCUACAAUAUCUGUCGAAUGCUUGCCUUCUCCCACUGCUGUAUGAAUCCUCUGCUUUGUAUGCUCACACAAAAGUUUCGAAGUCACCUGUUUUGUCUUUUACGCCAGAUAGUUGGUAUUAACAGAGAAAGAGCCAACUGACCAGAACAUGUCUUAUGUUGAGAAUGCCAGUCCAGCUCGCAAAACACGUGUCCUGCUUAAGUUGCACAGCAGAUAAUUGGUAACAACCAAACACCAGCUCACACCAGAGGAACUCUCUUUUUUAAAUUUAUAUGUGCACAAGUUUACACAAAUUAUAUUUAUAUGGUGCAUCUGAAAGCCAGAAAUACUAAUACACAGAUAUGGAAUCUUAAAAGUCUGGCUAUUUUUCCACACUGAUUUUAUUGACUCACCAUGUUGAAGAGUAACGUUUCAAUCAUUUUUAAAAUAUAUAUCUUUUUGGCACCAAAUCUUUUUUGCAUGUUGGUUCUAUGGAUCCGAAGUUUGUUUUUUUUAAAAUAACAAAAUUUAUUUAUUUAUUCUUUUUAUUUGCUUUUUGAUUUGUGUUUCAUAAGUGAUCAGGACUACAUACUGUAAAUGCAAUGCUGUUAGGGCAAUACCAAGCACAACUCUAUUACUGAGGAACAAU